UUGGACCCCGUGGCCUUCCGUAGACCACGGCCGGGGCGUCGUCAUUAGCCUGCCGUCUAAAACAAACACCAAGCAGCGUUUCGCACAGAGCCUCCAGAGCUCUUUUACCCCUUCAAAAUGCACUCGGUUACCUUGGAAAGAAACGGUUCUCCGAAGAAAAGGACUCUUUCUCGGGGAAUGAGCGAGGACGAGUCCCUUCGCAGCAUUAUAAAGGAGACUGAAAGUUCAUCCAGGCGUCUGACACGAAGCGACAGCAGAUGUGGCACCCUCAAGAAGAGGAGUGACAGCCAGCAGUCUGACCAGGAUCUCUUCAUGGGGCUCCCAGAAAUGCUUGAGCUGCAGGCCAGCUAUGACGAGGUGGUCCAGGAGCUGCGUGGGCUCGAGGUUGAGCGAGAGGCUCUGUUGUUCCAGGUGGACGUCCUGCAGGACACCCUGGAGGGCGUAGAGGAGCUGCUGGCGGAGGCCCAAAGGGAAGCUGGACAAGCCAGCAUGGAGUUGGAGCGAGAGAGAGAGGCCAAUAGGAAACUGGAGAACAUGGUCUGCUCUCUGAUGCGAGAGGUGGAGAGAUUAAAAGAGGAGAGGAACACUGCUCCACUCGCUGCGGAGCAUGAAAGGGAGGACGAGGCGACAAAACGAGGACACCAAAUGAAAAAAGAGCACAGUGAAGUGGCACACUCUGAAAAUCAAAGCAGCUAUACCAGCAGUAGGGGUCUACCAGAGGAGGUGGGACAGGGGGGAGGAAGCCCCCUGCGGAAGCUCCACAGGAUGGUCACUGAGACCCCUGGGCAGAUGGCCACUCUUGCACUGGACACCCUACCCACCGCCGGCAUCCUGAGGAGGCCUUGUGCCAGCCACCUAGAGGACAGGCGGGAUCCGUCCCCUGACAGGAACAAUGACACAGACAGCCAGAGUGCCUAUGAGGAUGCAUCUGCUGACACUCCCGAGCUGGACCGGGUGUUUCCGGGCGCUGAGAAGGCGUUGGAGCUGCCCGAUGACGCAGACGACACAGUGAGUGAUGAGGGAAACCCAGCUGACCUCUGCCAGGCCAAUGAUUCUGAGCCCCAAAACCCCAGAAAUAACGAUUUUUGCAUCCUGUCUUAAGUUUGCUCAUUUUGCUGUCUUGCUUUACAGGGAAAAAGUUUGAAGAUCAUUCCUGAUCAGUUUGUUGAUGUUAAAGACUAAAAUACUUUGCUUUUGGACUUCAGUAGUUUAUCUAGUUUACCUGAUAUCUGAUAUUUAUAUUCUUAUAAAAAGUAAUGGCCAACAAUAACUUUGUCAUAAUACACUGUAGUAGGAUAAUCUUGUUAGCCAUAUGAAUCUACCAAGUUCCUUUCAAAGAAAUUCUCAGGAUCCAGGUGGUUUGUAAGGUGAAAUUCCAGUAAUGACUACUUAUUCUUUGCUACUUAGCGUUGCUCACUACUUAUUUUUGUUUUCUUUGCCAAUUGUUCUCUUCCACAUCUCAAAGGACCAGCAAUGUCCGUCUUGCCUGUUUCAUUUUUUUUUUUUUUUUUUGCCGUUUGCUAGACCUGGCAAAUAUUCUCUCACAUGCUGUUUUGACCCCCCUCCACUAAUCUGUCAUGAAAGAAUAUCUGCAUAUGAAGAAGAGCUGCCAGGACACAACAGAAUCUGCCUGUGUACAAAACAGACUGAGCUCCAUAAGUACUUAGAAAGGAACUCUGCUCUUUUGGCCUUUUUACUUUGGAGGUGAAAAUUACUAUGAGGUGCAGAUUGGCAUGGCAAGCAAUGGAAGAAGAAAGGUACACAAAAAUAUGGACAUUAGAGUUGGAUGUUUUGGGGUUUCACAUAUUAAAGUUCUUAAUUUUGAUUGUUUGGCAUGCCAAAAUGGGGUGACCACAUACCACGAGGGCUGUAGUUGGUUACUUCUUCAUCUUAUUCAUCUGAGUUAUUGUGGUACUUGACAUCCACUGCAGCUUGUCUUCGUCAUCCACAUGGCUGUAGAGCUCACUGUGGGAUUUUUACGUCUGCUCUGCUUUUUUAGGAAUGAGCUUUUUCCUUGGAAAUGAGGCUCAGAGGCUGGCACAGCAGUUGUGCUGAUGAACUGUUAAUGACUUAAGGGAUUUUGAUUUUAAUGUAAGGGAGAAAUGUAAGGGAGAAAUUUUACAUAUUUUACUGCCUCAUUUGCCUGAUCAUAUCUCCCAAAGGGUCUUAAUGCCUGUGCUGUCUUAUUAUUGAGAAUUUGGGGAAAUUGAUUUGGAUGAAUUUGCACUUUUUGAAAUUCUUGUCUUGUUGCAGAAUUUGUCAAAAUGCAUUAGUAAAAAAAAAACCCUUUAUAAUAAAACAUGCCUGGGAGAACUAAACAGCUGGCCCAGUGUAAGGCUGUGUU